CCUUUGCAUAUGACGUAAUCGAUAAGCCGGUCGCCAUUUUGGAGAUAAGGUCAUGACCCGGAUUAUUGACACGAGACGGUAAAGUGUAAACACUGCCAUCGAAGCGUGCAUAAAUUUAGCGAUAACAAUUGAAAUUUGUUUAAAAUGGUGAACUAUUGUCGAGUUUUGGGAUGUCAUAAUAGAUCUGAUAGGGAUAAUGACAAACAUUAUUAUCGAUUGCCUGAGGUAGUAACUCGUGAAGGGGAGAAAACGAGAGAAUUGUCGGAAGAAAGAAGGCGUUUGUGGUUGGCGAAUUUACAUCAAGACUUCGCUGGGAAAAAUUUGAAACAUAUCCGAGUCUGCUCAGAUCAUUUUGUUAACGGGAAGAAAGCAGCCUUAUAUGAAAGAGAGAGUCCUAACUGGGCACCUACAGUCAAUAUGGGGACAAAAGUGUUAAGAUCACCAUAUCUUGCCAAUGAUCGUUUUCAACGAAGAAAUGACAGAAACAGAAAAGCCGAUGCAGCAAGGACCCUGCUUAGUAUUUCACAGGAUUGUGAAGAACUUUUACAGGUGGAGGACUCAACAACAGACCAAGGCAUGGUAUGCCAAACUGAGCUUACAUGUGUAGGCAUAACAGCAAUGCAAACCGAAAUCUCUUAUUUACAAACAAAAAAUCAAGAACUAGCAGAUCAAUUGUGCGAUGAACAUCCAUAUAGUAUGGAGUCAAUGAAAAAAAAUGAUGAAAAAGUUAAACAUUUCACAGGAUUAACAUGUUUUUCUGUGCUCUUUGCAUUGUUUCAGUUCCUAGAGGCAUACAUACCAGCUAAACUGUCUUUGAGCAAGUUCGAAACCUUGAUGUUAACACUUAUUAAACUGAGACUGAAUUUAAGUAACCAGUUCUUGUCAUAUCAGUUCAAAAUUUCGCAAUCCAAUGUAUCCAGGACAUUUUCUGAAGUAAUUGAUGUAAUGUAUAUUCGCCUGAAGCCAUUAGUAUAUUGGCCAGACAGAGAGACAUUAAGGCUCACAAUGCCAAUGCAGUUUCGACAACAUUUUGGAACUAAAUGUGCUGUAAUUAUAGACUGUUUUGAGGUGUUUAUUGAACGCCCAUCAAAUUUAAAAGCAAGAGCUGAAACCUGGUCCUCCUACAAACAUCAUAACACAGUUAAAUUUUUACUAGGUAUAACCCCACAAGGUGUUAUUUCUUUUAUUUCAAAGUCAUGGGGUGGGAGGACCAGUGAUAAACACAUCACUGAAAAUUGUGGUUUUUUACAUAAGAUUUUACCAGGUGAUCUUGUGCUGGCAGAUAGGGGCUUUGAUAUACAAGCAAGCAUUGGAAGCAUGUGUGCGGAAGUGAAAAUUCCGGCAUUUACUAAAGGAAAAAGCCAGUUAUCUCCUCUUGAUAUCGAAACAACAAGAAAAAUUGCCAAUGUUAGAAUACAUGUUGAACGAGUGAUUGGGCUUGUCAGGCAGAAAUAUACUAUACUAAAUGGUACAUUACCAAUUGAUUUUCUGAUCGCACGGGAAAAUGAGAAUAUUCCUUUAGUGGAUAAAAUUGCAUAUGUUUGUUGUGGACUUGGGAAAAAUAUAAAUGCUGGUACUGAUUAUGAUACAAACAUUUUAUUCUUCAAAUUUUAA